UCCUUUAACUCUCCACAGAUCCACCACAUAGUCCCAUCCUUUUGUCGCUUCUCUUUUUGUUUCCUUCACUUCCACAGCACUGCAUAGUGAACGAUGAUUUGGUUCAUUUUUCCUCACGGUUUCAGUUGCUUUGGUACCGUAUAGUUAAGAGGCCACCAUGCACGGCUGACAGGAAUGGCCAAGCUGCCACCAUGUGCGCUCAGGCACUGCACAGUCUUUGGAUUUUGUUAAUCAUACUCAGUCUGUAUGCAUUUUCAAGUUAUGUUAAUUUUUUCACUGCCUCUUGUUUUUUUCCAUCUGUAACCUUCAAUACAUUUAGAAAUAUCUUUAAACACUAUCAUGAUUGAGAUGUGUAGUUUGCUGAUUUGUUUUAAAUGAUUGCAUUUUCCUCCUGUAAGGUUUUGCUUUGAUAAAUAUCGUGCUGAUGCUUUUUUGGUAAAGCUCUGACUGUAAGCUGUCGACUAGUUUGUCUUGUACUUUUGUCUAUUUUUGUCCUGAUGCAUGAUUUCAAGAGAUGCACUAUGAACUACUUACAUGAUGACUGAUGAUACUGCAAUAUACUGCUGCUUAAGUACGGAAGUCAAGCACUGCCAAAAUGAAAAUGAAAUGGUCUUUUUUGUUUGUUUUUUGUUAUCAAAGUGAAUUUUAUUUUCCAUCUGUGUGCCUCUGAUAGACAUGGGAUUUAAAAUCAGGUUUGAAAAUGCAUAAAUACCACCAAAAUGAAAACUUAACAUAUAUUUUUUAGUGUACUCCAAAGCAAAAUGUUGCCAUAAAUAGUGAAACUGAAUGUAAAAUUGACUCAUUUUCAAAUGUUCAGAGACCAAAAUAAUGUUGAAAAUGCAAACUUCACUUUGACAUUUCUUCAUAGUUUGGAUAGAAACCUGAGAAAAUUAAAUUAUGUCAAUUACUUUAUCAGUCUUUAUUGCAAAAGAGCCCAGAGAAAAUACUUCCUUUAUAAAUAAAUAAACAAAUAGAAAUAUGUAAAUAAAACAACCAUAAACUUCAUCGAAUUGAAGAUAUCAGCAAAAAUAAGCUCAAAUUUUAACAUCAAAUUCACUUUUAAAUCUUUACUUCCACAUUUAGAUUGCACAUUUUGUGAAAAAUGACACUGAAUUGUAAUUUUUUGCAAAUAUCUUACUGUGGAGUGUACUGGAAAUUACUCAUUUUGUGCAAUGCAAUAUUUAUGCAUUUAAGUUGUUCAUUUUUUGUCUAAUGAGGACACAGAUGGAAAAUUGAAAUUGAUUCAAACAUGUUAUUUUUAUUUUGGCAGCCCUGGUCUUCUGUACUCAACAGCUUCCAGAUUAAGUAUUUCAAAUGCAUGCUUUUCUUCAGGAAAUUGUCAAGUUACUGCUAUACAACGUUUAGUCUUUUCCUCCUACAAACAAUGCUAAUCAAUACUGGCAUGCGAAGCUUGUGAAGCUUUAAAAAUAAUCUUACAUUUUUUGGCCAAACAUUUGGCACUGAAGAGCAUGCUGCAUCCACGCUACCUUAAUUUGCACCAUUCUAAGCUUUUGACUGUGUAAAGUUUUGAAACCAUCACGUUAGUCACUGUAUUCUUCACACUUUUGUAAACAACUUUUUCACAUUAAAUCGGACCCACACUUACAGAAUGGCAAGAGUGGAUUCACCCCCCUGCAUAUCGCUGCCCACUAUGGGAAUGUCAAUGUGGCCACACUGCUGCUGAACAGAGGGGCGGCAGUUGACUUCACAGCAAGGAAUGGGAUCACUCCCCUCCAUGUGGCCUCUAAGCGUGGCAACACCAACAUGGUUCGCCUGUUACUGGACCGUGGCUCUCAGAUUGACGCUAAAACAAGGGAUGGUCUGACUCCCCUUCACUGUGCGGCUCGGAGUGGACAUGAUACAGCUGUAGAACUGCUGCUGGAGAGAGGAGCACCUCUACUGGCCAGGACCAAGAACGGCCUGUCUCCUCUCCACAUGGCAGCACAAGGAGACCACAUCGAAUGCGUCAAACAUCUCCUACAGCACAAGGCUCCCGUGGACGACGUCACGCUGGACUACCUGACGGCGUUACAUGUGGCGGCUCACUGUGGACACUACAGAGUCACCAAGCUGCUGCUGGACAAGAGGGCCAACCCCAACGCCAGAGCACUGAAUGGCUUUACUCCGCUGCACAUAGCCUGUAAGAAGAACCGAGUGAAGGUGAUGGAGCUGCUGGUCAAAUAUGGAGCUUCUAUCCAGGCUAUUACAGAGUCUGGUCUGACUCCCAUCCACGUCGCAGCCUUCAUGGGUCACCUGAACAUCGUCCUGCUCCUGCUGCAGAACGGAGCUUCGCCCGACGUCAGCAAUAUACGUGGGGAAACGGCGCUACACAUGGCAGCCAGAGCAGGUCAGGUGGAGGUGGUCCGAUGUCUGCUGAGGAACGGAGCAAUGGUGGACGCAAGAGCACGGGAGGACCAGACUCCCCUCCACAUCGCGUCCCGUCUGGGGAAGACGGAGAUUGUCCAGCUCCUCCUGCAGCACAUGGCCCAUCCCGAUGCCGCCACCACCAAUGGGUACACCCCCCUCCACAUCUCGGCCAGGGAGGGGCAGGUGGAGACGGCCUCGGUCCUGCUGGAGGCCGGAGCUUCACACUCUCUGGCCACUAAGAAAGGUUUCACUCCCCUGCAUGUGGCCUCCAAGUACGGAAGCCUGGAUGUAGCCAAACUCCUGCUGCAGCGUCGUGCUCCUCCUGAUUCUGCUGGGAAGAACGGCCUCACCCCACUCCAUGUCGCAGCGCAUUACGAUAACCAGAAGGUGGCGCUCCUGCUUUUGGACAAAGGAGCGUCGCCCUUAACCAUGGCCAAGAACGGCUACACUCCUCUCCACAUUGCGGCUAAGAAGAACCAAAUGGAAAUCGCCACGGUGUUGCUGCAGUACGGAGCAGAGACCAACAUCUUGACCAAGCAGGGAGUCACUCCGCUCCAUCUGGCCUCCCAGGAGGGUCACGCAGACAUGGCCGCCCUGCUAAUGAGCAAAGAAGCCCAGGUCAACAUUCCCAACAAGAGUGGCCUGACUGCUCUCCAUCUGGCGGCUCAGGAGGACAAAGUGGCUGUUGCAGAGAUUCUAGGCAGAAAUGGCGCCAACCUCGACCAGCAGACCAAAUUGGGCUACACCCCGCUAAUUGUAGCAUGUCACUAUGGCAAUGCCAAGAUGGUCAAUUUCCUGCUGCAGAACGGAGCCAGUGUCAACGCCAAGACCAAGAAUGGAUACACUCCUCUUCACCAGGCAGCCCAGCAAGGAAACACACACAUCAUUAACGUUCUGCUGCAACAUGGUGCCAAACCCAACGCCAUCACUGUGAACGGUAACACUGCGCUGGGAAUUGCUCGGAGGCUGGGUUACAUCUCUGUGGUGGACACGCUGAGGGUCGUCACCGAGGAGAUCAUCACCACGACGACGACGGUGACGGAGAAACACAAACUGAAUGUGCCGGAGACCAUGACGGAGGUUCUGGAUGUCUCCGAUGAAGAGGCCUGGAAAAUCAUUGAUGCUGAUGUUAUGUCAGACGACUCCAUGGAUGAGGAAGGCGAUGACACGAUGACGGGUGACGGAGGAGAGUAUCUGAGGGCCGAGGACCUCAGGGAGCUGGGAGACGACUCCCUGCCAGGACAGUAUCUGGAUGGAAUGAACUACCUCCGCUUCAGCCUGGAGGGAGGACGCACUGACAGUUCAGACAGGUCCUUCACACCCACCCACCACAGCUACUACUCCCCUAAACAUGAGGGCAUGAUGGAUGAGAUGCUCACUGGUCACCAGGUUUCGUCGCUGGCCAGGGAGAAUGAGAGGGAUUCCUACCGGCUGAGUUGGGGCACAGAAAACCUGGACAACGUGGCUUUAUCCUCCAGCCCCAUCCACUCUGGCCAUUCCUCUCCGUGCCAUGAUCAUGGAGACCACAGCAGCUUCCUGGUCAGCUUCAUGGUGGACGCCAGGGGCGGAGCCAUGCGCGGUUGCCGGCACAACGGCCUCCGCAUCAUCAUCCCGCCCAGGAAGUGCAGCGCGCCGACACGGGUGACCUGCCGGCUGGUGAAGAGGCAUCGUUUGGCCACCAUGCCACCGAUGGUGGAGGGCGAGGGCCUGGCCAGCAGGCUCAUCGAAGUGGGGCCCUCUGGAGCCCAGUUCCUCGGUAAACUCCACCUCCCCAGUGCUCCUCCGCCUCUUAACGAGGGGGAGAGUUUGGUUAGCAGAAUCCUCCAGCUUGGCCCGCCGGGGACAAAAUUCCUCGGUCCUGUGAUCGUGGAGAUCCCCCACUUCGCCGCCCUCCGGGGGAAGGAGCGGGAGCUGGUGAUCCUGAGGAGUGAGACGGGAGAGAGCUGGAAGGAGCAUCACUGUGAACACACCCAGGAGGAACUCAACCAGAUACUCAACGGGAUGGACGAGGAACUGGACACGCCUGAGGAGCUGGAGAGGAAACGCAUUUGCCGUAUCAUCACCAGAGACUUCCCACAGUACUUUGCGGUGGUGUCACGCAUCAAGCAAGACAGUAAUCUGAUUGGUCCUGAGGGAGGCAUCCUGAGCAGCACAGUCGUGCCACAAGUACAGGCAGUGUUUCCUGAGGGGGCCCUCACCAAGAGGAUCCGGGUCGGACUGCAGGCCCAGCCAGUGAAUGUAGAUGUAGUGAGGAAGAUCCUGGGCAACAAAGCCACCUUCAGCCCCAUCGUCACUCUGGAGCCCCGUAGAAGAAAGUUCCAUAAACCCAUCACCAUGACCAUUCCUGUCCCCAAGACCAACUCCGAUCCGGUCCUCAAUGGUUUUGGAGGGGACACGCCCACCUUAAGACUGCUCUGUAGUAUCACUGGUGGAACAACGCCAGCCCAAUGGGAGGAUAUAACAGGAACUACUCCAUUAACGUUUAUCAAUGACUGCGUUUCCUUUACUACCAAUGUGUCUGCCAGGUUCUGGCUCAUAGACUGUCGGCAAGUGCAGGAAUCAGUCAACUUCUCCACUCAGGUGUACCGAGAGAUCAUCUGCGUCCCGUACAUGGCCAAGUUCGUAAUCUUUGCAAAGACCCACGAUCCCAUCGAGGCCCGCCUUCGCUGCUUCUGCAUGACUGACGACAAGAUCGAUAAAACACUGGAACAGCAGGAGAACUUCACUGAGGUGGCCCGCAGCCGAGACGUAGAGGUCCUGGAGGGCAAACCUAUCUAUGCAGACUGCUUUGGAAACCUUGUCCCCCUCACCAAAAGUGGCCAGCAUCAUCUCUUUAGCUUCUUUGCCUUUAAGGAGAACAGACUAGCGCUCUUCAUCAAAAUCCGAGACAACACUCAGGAGCCGUGUGGCCGCCUGUCGUUCAUGAAAGAACCCAGGAACUACAGGUCACUCACCCAAAACGCCAUAUGCAACCUCAACAUCACCCUCCCAUCAUACUGCAAGGAGUCCGAUUCAGACCAAGAGCAAGAGGAAGAGACCAGCAGAACGCUCGAGAAAUAUGAAGAGACGGAGACAUCAGUCCUGAAAUCAGAGCUGAUUCGAGAACCAGACCUCCUAUCCGACGUGUCAGAGAUGAAACAAGAUUUGAUCAAAAUGACUGCCAUCUUGACUGCAGACUCCACAGACCCUUCCUUAGGAGGGUGUGGUCUAGAGAAAGGGGCUGAGGAAGUUUCUGGAGAACCAUUAGAAAUAAUGGAGAAGGACUUAGAGAAAGUCAAAGAGGACCUAGAGAAAGUCAGUGAGAUACUGAGGAGUGGAACAUAUGAGGGUGAGGCGGCAGAGAAGGCAGCAAAAGCAGCUAGGAUGGCCGAGGAGUGGGUUCUCCUCUCAGACAGUGAGAUAGAGGAGGCCAUAAAGAUGGCAACCUUAGAAAUUCAAGAGCCUGUCUUACGUGAAAGUAGAGCUAACAGAGGGGCUCCCAGACCUAAAGCCAUAAAGGACAGUGGUGACCUUAAAGAAUACCUCCUGGAUGCACCAGUAAGUGCCAAAGGAAAAACUAAAAAAGAGACAGGCGUCCAAGAAAAAUUCACUGAUGUUGUACUACGCAAAAGUGCAAAACCAAACACUCCAACCAAAGCGCAUGACAAAACCACCGCUGGUGAUGUUAAAAAACCAGUGAGAAGGAAGGGGAAAGACCAGGGGCAGGCAGAGGAAUCAUCAGAGGCAGGGGCUCUUCUAAGUGUGCCUACAGCCCCUGUCCCAACAUCACCUGUAUCCCCGGUGAUUGAGGAAACUCCUAUUGGGUCAAUAAAGGACAAAGUCAAAGCCUUACAACAGAAAGUGGAGGCAGAGCAAAAGAGCAAAAAGGUCACUGGGAGCAAGCCUUCACAUUUGCCUGUUAUGAGCAAACCUUCUCCAAAAGCCAAAGAAAGCCCUAAAUCAAAACAGCCCCCCCCUAAAUCCCCUAAAGCUGACUCUGAAAAACUUGAGGAGACCAUGUCAGUUAAAGAGCUGAUGCAAGCAUUCCAAACGGGGCAGGACCCCUCCAAGAGAAAGUCUGGGCUAUUUGAGGUCAAAACAUCCUCCACAUCAAGAUCGGAGAAAACCACAAAAUCUGAAACCGUCCAGUCAAAAUCUAUGACCAAAGCAAUAACCUUGCGUGUCUCUCAAGAGGGAGAAGUAUCGUUGGAUUCUAAACCUCGCAAGAAAGACACCGCUCGGAAAGACAAACAGAAAGAUACCAAGUCAGUUGAUGCUGCCCCUUCAGAGCUAACUGAAACUGUAGACUUUGGAAAUGGUGGCCUUGACGAUAGCUCUGACAGCUUAAAACAUGAGGGUGUGGCAGACUCACUAAGUGCCAGCUCUGGAGAUGGAACCCCUCAUCUGAGCUCUGAGGACAGUUACAAGCAUGAGGGACUAGCCACUCCAGGCACAAGCCCUGAAAGCCUGUGUCUUUCUCCUAAAACCGGACAGCAGACCUCUACGUCUUCGGCACCAGCUGCCACAAGUGUCAAAAAAGAAAGUAAAGACACAGAGAAGUCUGGAGACUCUGGUGUAGGGACCACUGGUGACCAACUGUCUACAGAAUUGACCCUCCCUGUCUCUUCCAGCGAGGCUGCAGAUGACCACACUACAAGUGAGUCAAUGUCAGUUAGGAGGAGUGAGUCUAAGCCAUCUAAACCUCGAAAGCUUACAAAAAGAAUUUCAGAGACUGUAGAAACUUUUCUUAGUGAUGACGAAAGCCCUGAUCAUCAUCUAGAAUUGCCUUUAGUUGGUUCUCCAGGGUCUAGAGUCUCUUCUAUGCGUCAUGACUGCUUAGACUUGCCUUUAAAACAAGACUCAGAUGCUCUCAGUCCAUUAGCUGAUGACUCUUUGACAAUAAGCCACAGAGACUCUCUAGAUGGUAGUCCUCUCAUGGAAGAAAAUUCCUCACAUAAGUCCCCAGACUCUAUUGAACCCAGCCCGACUAAGGAAUCACCCCCUCAUGACUCCUUAGAGAGCAGUCCUGUAGAGCAAAAAAGCUGCCCAUCCUUCCCAUCAAUGCUAGGUCCACCUAGUAAAUCCUCUAGCCAUCCAGAGCCCUCCAAAGCUGCAGAAUUCCCCCAAGAUGCUUUGCGCGGUAGGCUGCUUCGAGACCAUGAGGCUAGUGCUGAUGAUGACAGUUGUGAGCAGACCUCUCAGAUGACAAGUUCCGGUAAGAGUCCCCUCUCCCCUGACACUCCUAGUUCUGAAGAGGUAAGUUAUGAGGUAAACCCCAAACCCCCUGACCAUGCAUUCCUUUCUGUUUCACUCAAACCGGCUGUCAUCCCCGAAGACCCAGAAGAAGAGGAUACGUCAGACAGCUAUGAAGCUAAGAGAAAAAUCACUCCAGAGGAGGAGAUGUUUAAGAUGGCAGCCAAAAUAAAAACAUUUGAUGAAAUGGAACAAGAUGCGAAGAGCAAAAAGAAGGCUAGAAAAGAUUUGUUUCCCUCAGCAGAUGCCAAAAUAGGGGAUGACAGCUAUGAGACAGUAGAGCUCACAAGUGAGAAGCUUUCUCAAAGUGAAUGCGAGCUCAGUAGACCCGCAGAAGAUUCAAAGUUAGCUCUUUUUGUUGAUCCCCAUAAUAAAGUACAACCUUACUCUCCUUUUUCAGCAGGUUUGCAUGAUGGACCCCACAGCAAAGAGAUCAAGAACACAACAUCAGCCAGUGUAACUUCAGAGGGACCUCACUCUGUCUCAGACCAGCAUCAUUCAAAGUCCCAAAUGAAAACCACACAGGAAGAAAGAGUUCCAUUGUCUGCAAAAGCUGAUAAAGGCAGUAAUGCCAAAAAGGCAUCAGCAUCAAACACUGAAAACAGGACUGAUGAGCAAAAAGAGGAGAGCUUAAGGAAGUCGAGGGAAAUUGAAAGCAAUGAUAAGGAUGGUCAUGAGUUAGGUGCUGGCCGGCUACAGACUGGUAUGCAUAAAACAGGUAGCAAUGUAACAGACGAAGCAAAAGGAGAUCAAAGGGGGCACGCAGGAGCAUCAGAACCUGGACUCAGUUCAGCUGUUGCCACAGGUCCAAAAAAGGAAAUGUUCAAACCAGAGGUCUGUAUUUAUGAUGACACAGAGGAGGAUGAUGAGAGACUGGAACCUCCCAGAACUGAGUCAAAAGGGGUCACUGCAAAAGUAGACACUGAUUCGUGGUCUGCCAUGCGGGAGGAUGAUGCUACUUUUGCAGCUCGUGUAAAAGAAGAAGAACAGAAGAUACUGAAUCUAGCAGUCGACCGUCAGUCUCUACAAGCAACUCCAGACACCACACCUGGUAGAACACCAACAGAGGAGAGUACUCCAACCAGUGAGCCCAAUCCUUUUCUUUUCCAAGAAGGGAAGCUCUUUGAGAUGACCCGAAGUGGUGCUAUUGACAUGACUAAGAGAAGCUAUGAGGAAGAAGGGGGUGGCUUUGCCUUUUUCCAGAUAGGUGAGCAGCCUAUAGAGGAGCCUCUCUUAGAAGAGAUCAGACAAGAAAAUGCGAGAUCAGCGGCAGAACCUGACAUUGGCCUCAAUCUAACACUAGAGGUUAAGACCGAAGAAGAUGAGAAAUCAAAAGAAACAACUGAUUCUCAGCUUCAGUCCCCACCUGAAGGUGAUAAGCCAGGUUCUAAAGCUGAUGCUUCCAAAUCUAAAAUCCCUAAGAUGGGCAUUUCAGCUUCAGCCAAACCUUCAAAGAAAGAUCAGACAUCACCUGAAGUUUUGGAGACUAAAACAGACAAUAAUGUUAAUGAAGGAUCCCCAGAUUUAGAAACAAGUUCCCCUGACCAAAUGAUAACAGAUGUACAGACAGCAGAAACAACUGUCACUAGAUCAGUUUACUCUGAACAGGGACAAGAGUCCUCAGAUUCCUCUCCAGAGGAGCCUCAGUCAGUAAUAGAGACCCCAAAAACAACAGGCAAGUCCAAGCAAAGCACUUCGAGUAGUGUUAAAAAGACUCCAGUCAAAGCACAAGCUAAGUCUACUGCUCAAGGUCGGGCUAAAUCUUCAAUUCCUUCUCCAUCUCAUGCAACUUCCUCUUCAACCACUCUCAAAAAGGAGAUUUCUUCAACCACUCCUAAAAAAGAGGUCUCUUCCACCACUCUUAAAAAAGAGCCCUCCUUCACCUCUGAAUCUAAAUCUAGAAUCCCCAUCAAGGCUAGCCCCGUCAAGCCUGAUUCUACUGUCAAACGCACUGACUCUACCCAUGACAAAAAACUUAAAGUCCCUGUAAAAAAGGAUACAAGGAGAAAAUCUGAGACAGAUGCAGGUCCCUCUGUGGAUGUCAAAACCAAGACGUCUUCCAAAGCGAAGAGCUUCUGUGAGGAGGAUUCUACCAAGUCACCUGCUAAAAAAGAGCAGGGUCGUCCGUUGAGUGCUGAGUCAGCAAAAUCUAAAGGUUUCCAGUCCAGGUUGCCAGUCCGGGGCAAAGGUGGUCAGUCAUCUCAAUCAACAACACCCACUAAAGAGAAAAGUGAGCCACACAAACAGUCCAUUGAGUUCUUUGAAGAGAUAAGUGAUGAAGCAGCAAAACUUGUGGCCAGGUUGGCACAGGCAGAGACAGAAAAAGAGCAAGACUCUGUAGCUGCUGUCUCAGAUGAUGAGAGCAGUCUCAUUGAUCCAUCAAUCAUAGAAAGAGAAACGUUCCCAGUGAUGCAGUUCCCUCCCUCAGGAGACAUCUUUCCCAUUAGACCACUGUGGGACGACCCUGUUGAGACACAGAUGCAGCGAAUCCCAGAUGAUAAAGUCCAAAGUCAAGUAGAUCCACAGGAUGAAGCAGAGAGAAAAGAGCAACGGUUGGCCAUUAUAGCCGACCACCUGGGCUUCAGCUGGACCGAAUUAGCACGAGAACUGGACUUCAGUGAGGAAAGGAUCAACCUGAUAAGGAUUGAAAACCCCAACUCACUGCAAGACCAGAGUCACGCCCUGUUGAACCUCUGGGCAGACAGGGAGGGAGCGCAGGCCACAGAAGCAACACUUAUCAAAAGGCUGACUAAGAUCAACCGAAUGGACAUCGUUCACCUCAUUGAAACCAAGAUAAUCAAAUCCGCUCAAGACGACACAUCAUCACAUACCUAUGCAGAAAUCGAGCGGACCAUAGCGUUGGACCACAGUGAAGGUUUCUCAGCCCUGCAUGAAGACAUUGACAGCCCCAGGCCAGGCAGGCGUACAGAAGCUGCACGUAGGAGUCCAGGCUCAGGACAAGAAGUUCCCAUGGUGUCGGCGGAAGACCUGUCCUCCAGUUUGUCAUCACUUCAUGAGACGACAGGACGAUCAGAGACCGACUUCACAGCAACAGGCCUUCUCAGAAACGCCCAGAAAGAGAAACUACAAAAGGAGAUGGAAACAACAUACUCAUCACAAAGAAUAUAUGAGGAAGUGACAGACUCGGUACACACAGGCAGUUAUAAACAAGAGAUAGCAGAGGAGCUAGGGAUGCUGUCCUCUGAUAGCUCAGAGGAGGAGGUGCUGACCACCAGGGUGGUCCGACGCAGAGUAAUCAUUCAGGCGGACAACCUUCCAGACAUCCCACCCCAGACAGUCACAGAGGAGAAGUACACAGAUGAGCAUGGCAACAUGGUAGUUAAAAAAAUCACACGGAAGGUGAUUCGUAAAUACAUGUCUCCAGAUGGUAUGGAGACACAGGAAGUGACAAUUGAGGGCUCCCACCAGGAGACGGUGCAGAUAGAGGAGGGAGAUUCUGUCUCCAGAGUGGUGAAGAGGACUGUCCUUCACAGUGACGGGGAUCAGAAAGAGUUGACCUUCUCUGAGCCUCUGGCUCUGGGCGCCGCCACAUCAUCGGAGUUCGAGGUGGAGCCGGUCCAGGGUCGAAAAGUCAGCAAGGUUGUCAAGACGACAGUAGUGAGAGGAGAGAGGAUGGAGAAGCAGACAGGAGACCCCUCAUUGGCUGCAGAUCUCCCUUCAGCCAGAGAGGACUUUGAGAAGGCAUUGAGUUAUGCUGGAGGCUUUGGGAAAGUGCUCCUGCCUCAUGUAGUAGAGAAAGAGGUUGUACAGGACGACGGUUCUGUGGUUAAAAGAAGCCAGAUGCGUAAGUCGCGGACCCAGAAGAGGACUGUGGUGAGGGAUGCCCAGGGGAAGCACGUGCACCUGGAGCGUCUGGACGACACCCCGGACGCCCUGCAGCCUGACGCCCUGCAGCAGCACCUGCACCGACUGCUCCAACGCUACUGCGAGGACGACCAGGAGGAGGAUGAAGAAGAAGAGGAGGAGGAGGAGAAUUUUGACUGAGCAGCUGCUUCCACUGACCCCCUCCCUACACCUCCCACUUGAAGCCUUUGGUGACGUACUCUUCCUCAGAUCCAAAUGUUCCCUUUCUCGCUGCCCUCACUGAUCACUGGACUCUUUUUCUUUGGUUUGUUCAAUAAUGGAACAGUAUUUUUGUGCUGUAACACUUUUCCUUUGCUCUGAUUGUGACCAAAGAUAGCGCCCUUCGUUGUUUCCGAUGAUUUUUGUCGGUGUUACCCCUUUUUUUUUGUUUAACUCUUCGGCUGCUGUGGUGUGAUUAAAGUACGACGCACCAAAGGUGGAUCAGAGUCAAACGGGGGCAUCUCGGACGUUUCGCCUCACGCACGGGCCUCUUCUUGAAGAACUCUUGUAAACAUUUGUACAUAGAGGAGAUGAAAAAACAAAAUCAUGCUUGGACUUUGGGGGGUAAAGAGAAAAAAAUUCAAAGCAUUUAAUACAUUAGCCCACCUAAACCUGCUGUACAUGCACCGAUUCAGCUGGAGAAUGGUCACCGUACAGAUGAGAUUAAUGUUCCACAGAGAGUAAAGCUGGGGGGAGUGAAUGUGUGAACCAUCAUGAAGUCUUUAUACAGCCAGACAUCAAGCUGCUGAUCUGUUUACAAAGGCUGUGCGAUCACACCUUUUGUCUUCCCAUGAUGCAUCUCUCCCCUCUUUCGUUUAUGUGUCCGUCCUAACGCGUGUCGUGCUUUCAUGUUUUAUCCGCCACCUCUGUGUGUGUAAAUACAGUGUGUCUACUGAGAAAGAAACUAGUGAUGAGGAAUGUCUCGAUGCAGAUUGAGCACUUAUCCCCUGCUGUCUUGAUGUCUGGGAUUCACCCUCCGACUAGAAUUGUGCUGCUUGUUCUCACCUCAGACUGCAGCUGAUGACUUCCCCUCCAUAAAUCUUUUUAAAGGACAAGUUUGGCUGUAUUAGUGACUGUCAACAAGCCCUGUGAAAACACCCAAACCGACCAAGUGUGUUUCCUAAAGGUACGUGUCCACUAGAUACGUUUUCCCUGCAUGGUGGGCGCUCACUAGUGGGGCACUACAUGGUCACUAGACAGUCCUGCAGAUACGUCACGGCAUCUCGGCCGCAAACUUUCUCUUUUAUUUCGAGAACACUUCAGCCAAAAGUAUUUCUGAAAGCAUCUGAGGCAAUAAAUAAGCUGUGCAGCAGCUGAAUCUGUCCUGGUUUUAGUUCACCUACGGCUAGUUUAGAUGUUUGACGAAUGUUUUGCAAUGUGUUGGACCUCCAACGGCGCAUUGAAUUUGCAUAAAGUAGAAGUUGAGUUGACUCUAUAUGAAUGAACUGUGGCCCGCCCCGGGAAACACACCGGAUCGCAGCUCCAAACAUACCACAUAUUGCAUAGUGGUCCGGUUGUGGUGCAUAUGGAGGUUCAACGCAUCGUGAAACUUUCAUCAAACAUCUAAACUAGCCAUCGGUGACCUAAAACAAGGACAGAUUCUGCUGCUGCACAGCUGACUUCUGGCCUCAAAUGCUUUCAGAAAUACUUUUAGGUGAACUGUUUUCAAAGUAAAAGAGAAAGUUUGUGGCUGAGAUGCCGUGUUGGUCCAAUGCAUCUACCGGACUGUCAGAGUGACCAUGUAGUCCUGCUAGUGACCGUCCACCAUGCAAGCGAUUUUCAGAUGUGGUGCAUUUACAUGUUGGAAAAACCCAUCUAAACUCAUCUGCUCUUGCUAGUAAAUGUGGCACUAUUUCCUCCUGUUUGUAAAGUUGCAUUACUCACCAGGAAAAGCAGGGAACUGCCUGAAGCACCCAAAAGCACAAACUGUAUCCAUAACUUUGUGGUUUACUUUGAUUACUUGCAAUUUUUCAUCACAAAAAUGUAUUAAUAACUCGGCCUGACAUUAUUAUUAACACUCUUAUCUGCAAAAAUAUGCAGAUAUUUAGUGCCAUAAGAGUUAAAAAAACAAAGGAAAGGGAAACUUCUGCAGAUUAAUUAUUAGGUGAAAAUAAUCUGUAAAUUAUCUUGGAUGUAUCUCUACGCUGUUACCUCUUUCAGACUGUAGAUCUAUUCAGACCCUGCCUCUCUCUUCGUCUCAAGCACACCAGCUCACCUGUAAUUCUGCUUAAACGACGCUACAUAAUGGUAAGUUGUAAUACCGGAGUAAUUCUUUAAAGGUCCUAUAAUAGACUUAUUUUUUAACAAGUUAAUGCGAGUCUCACUUUAACCCAAACAUAUCUAAAGCCAAUUUCAGCUCAAAAAACUACACAGAUCUAUCAUAUUGUGACAUCACAAUGGGCUAUUUUCUGAUUCAUUAAGAAAAGAAAAACAGCGUAACGGUCUUUGUAAAAUAGAUUUUAUGAGUUUUUAGACAUCAUCAUGUUUAAAAAACUAUGAAAAAGUGGAUUUUGUAUCUUAUGCUCCUUUAAACAGUCUACAUUUCCGUGCUGGUGAGGUGUGUUAUAGUUGAGAAAACUGUGUUUAAUCAAACAAACUGACAUCCAGAAAAACUAAGUGCAGUGAAGUCCUUUACAAUGGGAGCCAAAUAGUAUCUAAUUUGACCAGUUUUCAUCAAUGUUUUAUUCAAAUUAAAGUACACAUUUGUGAGCAUUUUCAGCAGUAGACAGCUAACAUUUCAUUGGUUUGGGUGUUUUCAUGAAAAGUGCUGAUGCUCAGAGAAAUCUAAACUGAUGCCAGAUUUGUCUUUAAGUUUUCCUGACACCAUGCUUCCUGUUGAGGUGCUUUGCUUUUACCGCUGUCAUUCAUUUUUACUUUACUCUUAUCAAAGGAUUGACGUAAAAAGUCGACUAUAAACCUGAGCAGAUGCCAACUUCCACUGACUUCCGUUGUCACAUCUGUUUCGUUAUUUAUUUAUUGCUGUCUGUUGGUGUGUUUGAGUGUGUUCGAAUGUGUUCUAAAGCUAAAAGUAAACACAAAUGAAGUGAAAUUUCUUUCUUUUUCUGCCAUCAUAGACUAACAGUUUUGUUGAUUUGAACGCCAGCUGAAGUGUGUGUUCAUUUUGAACUUUUAUCUGUGUAACAAUACGAUCCUCACAUUGCCAUUUACUUUGAUCCAAUGGAAGAAUAAAAGAAAUGUCAAAAAGAGAAACAUCGAUUUGAUAAAUGAGCAUCUUGUUUCCAUGGUGAUAACAAUAUUCUACAUAUUAACAGUGCAAAUAUCUAUGCGGGCAUGUAUGACUUUAUCAAAUUAUUACAAAAAAAAAAUAAACCUGAAACGCUAACAAGGCAUAGCAGCUGCAGUGUGUACAUGGCAGAACAAUAAAACUGUUCAUGUGUCAAA